AUGCUCACGCCUCGCGGCUACGAUUGCUUAUCGGACCCUCGCGGUGGCCCGGACGUGAUCGGAGCUGGCACAAGGCAGCUCACGGUGCGGGAGGCGUUUUCCGGGGCAGUGGUUUGCACCCUGGCGCGCCCAGUGCGCUCGGAGGAGGUGAAGAAGCAAAUCGUACGAAGCAGGGGCAUUCCUGAACCUGAGAUUCGGCUACUUGCUGGCGACAGAGAUCUUUUUGAUUCCGAGUGGCUGACUAGCCACGAGGAGGUGCUUUUUGUCAGACGGCGCGAGGAGGUCGUAGCUUUCCUGGCCAUUGCCAAGAACGACCCGGACGUAGGCCUGUUUGGGGCCGACGAGUGGAUCCGGGAUGAUGCCGAGUGCGUGGCUGCGGUCGUAGCAGUUCGUGGAUUGGAGUUUCAACACGCGGCAGUGCAGCUGAGGGACAACGAAACCCUGGCGACCGCUGCCGUUCGCAGCAACGGCUUGGCGCUCGAGUUCGCAUCAGAAAGACUGCAGGAGCACCUUCCACUUGUCAGCACCGCCGUGCUGCAAAACUAUCGUGCUUUGCGCUUUGCUCGCGGGGCACUGCGGAGUGAGGGCGUGGUCGUCCGCAACGCCUUGCGGAACGUCCUUGCAACGCCCAUUGCGGAAGGCCAGUUUGGCGACGACUCAGACGGGCAGCUGGCGCGGCAGGAAGAGGUCAAUCGGCUGCGCCAGCUGCAAUGGGAGGAGCUUCGCGAACUCUGCCCGGAGUAUAUUGACCUAAUCGACUUGGCGCGCAGCCUGCAGCGGAGUUUCAGCAAGGCGUGCUCGCCCAUGUGCCUUCCGAUGUGCAUCGGGUUGCUAUCGGGACUUCCCCUUGCGCUUGUGAUGCAGCCGUGGCAGCGCUUGGUGAUUCUGCCCUCGGUUGUGAUACCCGUGCUGCUGAUGUUCUGUCUGACCUGGCGAUACGACAAGACGGGCCGCGAGGUGAUCCUGAAGAUAUCCUCGGUGGCGCUCCGCGAAAGUUCGCCGGUCAAGCGCAGACGUUUUCUCUUAGCUUUCACGUGCACUGUACGAAUGAGCACUUGCAUUUUUUGCCUCGUCUUCGAUGCCGCACUGGCAGCCCUCAUCAGCUCCAUCGUGCUUGGUUUUAUUUAUCUCAUCGCUUGA